AGCUUGUCAGUUAACGAUUCCAAUUACAUCAUAUUAUUAAUAAUUUUUGAUUUUGUGUUUUAGGCUUUAUGAGUACCGAAGAUAACGAAGUAUCUGGGAAUAACGGUUUAAAAGAUCAAGUAAUGGCGUUGAAAUGGAUAAAGAAUAACAUUAAAUAUUUCGGAGGAAAUCCAGAGUCUAUUACACUGACUGGAAUAUCAGCGGGUGGAGCUAGCGUUCAUUAUCAUUAUCUAUCACCUUUAUCUAGAGGUCUAUUUCAUAAAGGUCUUUCUCAAAGUGGCACCGUCAUUCAGAAUUGGGCGUUGGUGAAACACCCUCUAUCCAAAGCACAAACGGUAGCCAGGAACUUGCACUGUCCUACAAAUUCGACAAAAGAAAUGGUAGCAUGUUUAAAAAAAACUGACGCUAAAAAAGUGAUACUGUCGAUGACGAAACUAUACAAUUAUUUUGAAAGUAUACCCUUCGUGAUUUUUGGUCCAGUUAUAGAAAAGGGGAACAACCCAUUUUUACCUGAACAUCCUUACAAAAUGUUGAAAGAUGGAAAUGUGUACGACCUGCCGUGGAUUGCGGCUAAUGUUAAGGACGAAGGACUCUUUCCCACUGCCUUCUUUGUAAUGAACCAGAUGAUGGGCGAAUUAGAUACGAAAUGGAACGAAAUCGCUCCGUAUCUUCUAGAUCUCUACGAGACUGUGGAUAAAUCUAAACAGCUUGAUAUGAUGCAAAAAAUUAAGAAAUUUUACUUUGAUGACAAACCGAUCUCUGACGAAACUACUUAUAAUAUGGUCCAAAUGACCAGCGAUAGAUUUUACUUUAUGGAUUGCGAGAAAGCUCUAAGACUGCAAGCAAGGGUAAACAAAAGUCCAGUUUACUACUAUUUCUUCUCCUAUUUAUUGAAUAAACCCAUAUUACCUACUUUUGGAAUAAAAAGAGGAGUUGGACAUGGAGACGACGGAGCAUUAUUAUUUAAAAUGUUUGGAGCUUCUUCUAAAUUAGAAACAAAAGAUGAAAUGAUGAUGAAAAUGUUUACUGAAUUUCUGGCUCUAUAUGCAAAAACAGGAAUACCAAUGAUGAACAACGUCGAAUGGAAACCUAUUCAACCAGACAGUAAAAUGUUGAAUGUUUUAAAAGUUGAAUCUCCAGACGAGGUUAAAAUGAUUGAAAUGGUCAAAAUUGGCAAUAAUGAAUUUUGGGAUUCCAUGGCGAUUGCUGAAAAUGAUAAACUUUACCCAUAAAUUAAUUACUACUCGAUACAUUUGUUUUUGUCAUUUACUUUUUAAAUACAGUUUAACUUUGUAAAAUAAUAAACAUACUUAAUCAAAUGCAAUUUUUGUUAUGAUUAGUGUGUAAUAGCCAUAUUCAUUCCGAAGACACAAUACAUUACCAAUUUAAAAAAAGUUGUACAAAAUCACCAAAUAUAUUUGGUAUAAAACUUUAAUAAACUUCUAACGAGAUUUACUUACCGGAAAGGUUCUUAGAACAUGCGUAGAAUAUACUAUGAAAGUAUCAUUGUUUUCUUAUAGCCAGUUAUAAUAACACAAACAUAUGGAACACAAGUAGAAUUAUGCAAACGCAGCUAGUCGAAGAUAAGGCCCCACCAAGAUCUAGCGGCAACAAAACUAGUUUGUUGCAGGCAUUUUCUACCUUUAACAUUUUAACUUGUAUAUGGUAAAG